AUGUCUGACUAUUCGGCGUCGCCAUCCGACCAUCAUAGUGAUAUCCACGCACCAAAACGCAAAGCUACCCAGGCAGGCCUCGAUGGUCACACCACCGGUCGUUCGGUCAAGAGGAGGGCUUCCAAGGCAUGUCAGUGUUGUCGAGCUCGCAAGGUGCGAUGCAAUGUCACAGAGCAUGGCGCUCCCUGCACAAACUGCAGACUAGAUGAAGUCGAAUGCAUUGUAUCGGAGAGCAGGCGCAAAAAGUCAGUGUCACCCUUUUUAGAGAUCGUCGGCUCCGAUAUGCAAUGUCGUACCGCAUAUGGCAUGUCAAGCCUGUGCAACAGUCGCGUGCAGCCAACAACUGCCGCUACGCCGUUUCUGACCUGUGCACGCCGUGCUGACUCCGGGAAUAGGAAAUGGAGCAAAGACGACGACCAAGGCACAGAAAGCACCACCUCUUCAGGAAAUGCCACUCGCAAAAUUGCGUCGCGUGACGCCCUAGACGGUUCCCAGGGACUAAACUCAGCCACAUCGCGAGCGUCACAUGAGGCGGAAUUAAGACGAGACGAGCACGUUCCUCACUCAAUAUCACUGACGCAUAUCCCAGACCAAAGCCAUGGCCAUCGUGUCAAUUCCUCUGCGUCCAUGUCGGAUAUGCGGCGCCGGCUUUCAAUCACCUCGCAGAUCAAUAGCCUACCAAAUCUACCAUUCUCGCCUUUUUCAAAUGAGCCUCGAGCUCCAUUCUUUGGAAGCCUACCGCAAAAGCCUGCGUCUGGCGAACUUCCAAGAUUUAUCAAGCCUCUUCCGUCUAAAAUCGGACCUGAUGAGAUUUCAUAUCUGGAGAAGAAAGGUGCCCUGAACGUGCCUAGGGGUACCCUGCGUAGCGAGAUGCUGCGCGCCUACGUGGAAUUUGUUCAUCCAUACAUGCCAUUACUGGACCUCCACGACUUCCUCAUGAUGGUAGACGGCCGAGACGAACGCAAGGGCAAAGUCAGUUUGAUCUUGUUUCAAGCAGUCAUGUUUGCAGGAUCGGCAUUUGUCGAUAUGGAACACCUGCGCGCUGCGGGCUAUACUUCUCGCAAGGAUGCCCGCAAGGACUUUUUCCAGAAGACUAGGAUUCUCUACGACUUUGAUUACGAAUCCGACCGCGUUUCGCUGGUCCAGGCACUGCUAUUGCUGACGUACUACUAUGAGACUCCUGAUGACCAGAAAGACACCUGGCAUUGGAUGGGCGUUGCGACGUCAAUUGCCCACACUAUCGGCUUACACCGAAACCCUGAUAACACUAACCUUGAUAGCAAGCGCGUCAAGCUCUGGAAGCGAAUAUGGUGGUCAACUUACAUGCGAGAUCGGCUUAUUGCGCUUGGCAUGCGUCGACCUACAAGGAUAAAGACUGAGGAUUUUGAUGUGCCAAUGCUUACUCUGGACGAUUUCGAGCUUUCACCUCUACCGGAUGAUGUUACAUGCCUUCCAGCGGAUUGUCGUAUUGCCAGAGAUGUGGAUGUGCAAAGACAGUUGGCCAUCCUGUGCAUUGAAAAGGCCAGGCUGUGUUUGUGCAUCUCGCAUGUUCUGUCCAAGCAAUACUGCGUGCUCAACAACAACCAGGGCCUUCAAAACGACCGCACAACCAUGAUGUUACUUCCCAAGAAGCUGGAUCCUGAGACGAGCGAAGUCAAAACAUGCGACGAGGAUCUCCAGAGAUGGGUGACAGAGCUGCCUGAAGAGGCAAAAUAUACAGACAAACCAAGUGGCGUUCCAGCUAUUGACCUUGCACGAUCACUGUUGCAUAUGGUCUUUUUUACUACAUUGUCCGCGCUGCAUCGGCCCCAAGUUCUACCAAACUCACAAGGCGGUCCAGCGAGCGCUCCAACGAAGAGCAACGUUGAACCCGAGCUCCUUGAUGUUUCACGCCGCAAUGUUCGCCGGGCGGCUUCAGCAAUCACAUCGAUUGCUCAGCGGCUUGAACAAGGUGGUCUCGUCAGGUAUCUGCCAACAACCGGUGUCACUGUUCUCCUUCCGGCCAUUAUCAUCCACUUGCUUGACAUCAAGGCGCCAGAAGAGGAAACACGACGAUCGUCCCUACGAGGCUUUUGCCAGUGCAUGGCCGUCAUGGGCCAGCUGCGGGAUAUCUAUGCCGCUGCCGACUACUCUGUGGCAUUCCUCGAGGCUGCAAUCCGGAAAGCGGGCAUCCACGUUGCCCCUGUACCCACCCAAGCUUCACCAGUAGCCAAGAGCGCGCCCGUAAGGACGGUCGAAGAACUCGUGGACGCCGGCCGACGACUAGAUCUCGUCAACGAAGCAUCAACAGCCAUCACAUCAGCAACGUCACAAACCGUCCGCCCCUCAACUCUCACACCACCUCCCGACCACGGCACCACAAACAUGCACGCUCUGGAAAAACACAACAACGAACCAAACGUAACUGACGAAGAAGUCGCCCGCCGCCUCGAAACCUUCCUCGCCUCCACACCCCCGGAUUCCGACCACGAGCACAUGUCUAGCAUCACUAUCUCGCAAGAAAGCCCCAUGGUAGCCGCCACAGCAGGCCUGUCUUCACACUCUCACCAUCACAGUCAUCACGGUAUGUCCGACAUGAACAAGUGGAGUGCCUUCGACCUCAGCGCCUUCUCAAACAUCAACCACCAUCAAGACGACGAGAUGCUCUUUUCAAGCUUACCUCUCAACAACGAAUUUGACGACGGUGACUUCGACAAGCUGCUCAACAUGGAAGCCGUGGGUGAAUCGUAUGACUUCAAUGAUGUGACGCUUGAUUCGGGUAAUGGAAACAUGGGGCUUGGUGAUGUCGACUGGCUUGUUGCCGCGGAAUGA